CGCCCCAUCAUUGGUAUCAGUGGGAGGAAUAGUGCCCCAACAUUGGUGUCUGUAAGUGGGAGGAAUAGUGCCCCAUCAUUGGUAUCAGUGGGAGGAAUAGUACCCCAUCAU